UACACUCAAAAGCCCUUAAAAAAAAACUUAAAUGAAUAAUAACCUAGUUAUACAACUUGAAAAGACACGUGAUACGUGAUAUUGCCGUGAUAAAACUUGUUAACAGCUAGAAAGGUCAGAGUAAAAUAAAGUGAAGGAAAAAAAAUGAUCUUUACGCUCAUAAUCUCUUUGUUUUUUGUAUUCAAUGAAGUAGUGGAAGGAGGUUUGAUCAUCAGAUCAAAAGACGGAUUGGAACCAAAAGAGACAUUGUAUAAAAAGACAGCUGAAAAUAUUUGUGUAGCUAAAAAUGGUCUAAACUUUAAUGGCGACUUUCUUCAAUUAUGCGUUAAUGGCAACAUUAUCAACCUUUUUGAUACAAAAAUAAACAUUCCUGGCUGGUGUUCCUACGGGUGGUACUCAAAGAGCGAACAAGAUGGCAACUUUUAUUUUAUCUGCAAAGACGGACAACGAAAAGUUUAUGAAAUGCAGAAAGGCCUUAUAAAAUUAAACAACAUACUUGCAUUCAAGCCAGAGUAUUUGCGCUAUAUAAAGUGGUAUUAAUAAAUGUUCCAGCAUAAUAAAAGUAAAUGUAGUAAUAUUUUACCCAUUUUUUUUGAAUGGCGCAUUGAUGUAAUAGUUUAUAAGUUUAUUUUAAAAGUUGGGAUAUUUAAUUCAGUAAAAUUUCAUAUUUUAAAAACUUAUCAAUAACUUA